UACCCUUUUACUCUUCCAUAUACGACCAACUGUUCACCUUCUCUCAAAAUCCUUCUACGGUCGCUGAAUUUUUACCGCCGAAAUGCAACUCUUUUCCGGCAACCGGAAAUUUCAGGACGAAGCCGACUCCCCUCGACACGAAGCCCCCUCCCCUAAUUCCGAGGGCUUAAGUCUCUCAAAUGCGUCGCCUCUGAUUCAGUCUCGAGAGAACCCCGAUAUCAUAUCUCACUAGUUGAGAAUCACGCCGCAAAAGCUCCGUCCGAUCCGGUGUGAUCGGAGGUCUCCUGAAAGCUCUCUCAGAGACGAGUGUUUCUCGUUGCCCCAGCCCCAGAUGGGAUCCAUGGAGGAGAAGCUUGGAUUCUUUGUCGGUGACAUGCGUUCUGCUAACUGUUUUGAGUCCCCGAUGAAAGUGGAGGAACCUAACGUGGCGGAGAAUGGUACUGGUUAUGGUGGUGAGUUUAGCGGCCAGUGCUGGGUGGGGUAUGUUCCCGGCCAAGAAAGGUCGGACAUUGGGGUAUUAAAUUCUUAUGCCGCAAACUCUGAGGAAGGUUUAUUAGAGGACGAGUCCAGAACUUAACGUUUGAGGGGUAAUCUCUGAUAUAUAUAGAGUCGGAACCUUACAAAUGCGGAUGUCCCUUGAAGCAUUGAGUUCUUUAUCUGGUAUAUGGGAUUUCUCAAUGCACUUUAUUGAUGCAUGUCUGGUUUUCUUGUUACGGUGACUCAAUCUCUGCUAACACUUGCCCCCCUUUAAGUAAGUUUAAGCAAUGCACCGAGAGGAGCAGCUGAUGUGCAAUGGCAUUGGUUCUCUGCAUCAUGUGGUUGAUAAUAUUUUGUGUUCAUUACCUUGAAUAUUUCAUUGUAGAAUAGCAUAUUGUCUUGCCUUCUGAUAAAGAUUUUGAGUUAUCACUUAUCAGCAAUCCGUGCUUCGUAUAAUUCAAUACCGGCGGCAUAUAAUGUUGCUCAGGUUUGCUUGCAAGAAUACGAUGAUGUGAGAGGAGGAGAAGAAGAAGAAGAAAGAGGAGAUGAAGGGGGAGCAGAUGUGGACAUAGGAUAGGACUCAUGACAUUGUACGAGGUUACACAACUGGUGGAAAAUAUAGAAGAAGAAAUGCAACCUGAGGCACAAUUUAGAAUUGAAGACUUGGAUAAAGAGCUAAAAGCCUCGAAAGAAAGAGAGAUCGAUUUAGAGAAACAACUGGCUGAAGAUCUUUCAAACCAUGCACAGAAGGACAAGUAGAAUGAAGAUGUGGAAAAUAUAGAACACCAACCUGGGGUACAACCUUACAAUCUAAAAUUGAAUGUUUGGAAAAAGAACGAGAAGCCUCAAAAGCCAGAGUGAAUGAUUUUGAGAAACAACGGAGCAUCACGAUGCACUCACGCAGCUGUAUAAGAAAGUAAAUAAGAGUACCAGGGAAGAUGCCUCAACACCACCAGUGCAUCUGCCAGUCAAAGAAGUCCAGAGAUCAAUGGUACAGAUCAUAAAAUCCAAAAGAAAAUCGACUAAUGAUCCAGAUUUCACAUACUUUGGUCGAAAAAGGAAGAAAGAAGAUCCUCCUCAAUCAUAACAAACUGAUGUUGAGGUCAUUGAUUGUGAAGCAUAUCCAGAUGUUACCUCAAAGAAGAUGAAGCAAACAACAAAAAUGGGCGCAAAUUGGCCAACGGUAAGAUUUCUUGGAGCAAAGAACAAGAGGAAUAUGGAACUAAUCCAGAAGGCCAAAAGUCCCAUAGACUUUAUUUGGAAGGGAUCAAAAUUCCAUUACUCUGUGAUGUUACAGGACUUGUUUGAUAUCCUGAAAGGCAAUUCGAUUAUAAACAAUGUCAUUGAUGCUUACGGAGAAAUAUUAAUGGCAAAUGCAUCCUCAUCUGUCGAACCGAUAUUUGACAACAAAGUUCUUAUAUUCAACAGUUUGUGCUGUAGUUAUAUCAAGAACGACGGCAUGUAUGGUAAUCGAAAAAGGUGGAUAGAUGAUGUGCUACAAAAUAUGAAGGUGCCGAGAUAUAUGUUGUUUCCGAUAAACUCUACCGGCGGGUGGGGUACUGUACCGAAUCACUGGACACUGCUUGUUUUAAACGUCGAAAAACAAGCAUGGACACAUUACAAUUCCUUCCUGCCUAGUGACUGUAGCAGAAACACCUAUCUAGAAGAUGCCAAGCUAAUUGUGUGCAGAAAGAUUAUGUCGAGAACAGGCUGAUGGAACAGGAAGUAUAGUCCAAACUAUCCAGAAAUGAAAAACCUCUGCAUGCUGAAUUAGAAUGUCCACAGCAAGCUUCCAGCAAUCUUGACUGUGGAAUCCAUGUAUGCCACAUCAUGGAUAGGAUCUGCAACAACAACCAAAUUAAAAAAAAAAAAAAAAAAACCUUACAUUGGUCGAAGUUAGAAAAUACAAAGCCUUGUUAAUCCAGGAAAUCCGGCAUCCAGCCAUAUGGACCAUGGAUUUCGGGGCUCCACAAUUCUUUAAAGUCUAUAAUUCACAUCUAAUUAUGGAGAAAAAGUCAGGAAAUGAGGUUGGUGUCAACUAUAAACUAUAUAACUCUUUCCUAGAUAUCAUAAUUUGAAGCAUAUUCAUUAAAAA